AUGACAAGACCUACAACCCCCCCCAGUGGCUGCCGCUCACACCUGGACUCCAGGUACCAGAGACUUUGUGAUGUGUCUGAAGCAUGGGGCAUCGUCCUAGAAACAAUAGCCGCAGCAGGGGCUGUGACCUCAGUGGCCUUCAUGUUCGCUCUCCUGAUCCUCAUCUGUAGGGUGCAGGACUCCAACAGACGGAAAAUGCUCCCGACCCAAUUUCUCUUCCUCCUGGGAGUGUUGGGGGUCUUUGGCCUCACCUUCGCCUUCAUCAUCAAGCUGGAUGGGGGCACAGGGCCCACACGCUUCUUCCUCUUUGGUGUGCUCUUUUCUAUUUGCUUCUCUUGCCUCCUGGCUCAUGCUUUUAACUUGAUGAAGCUAGUCCGUGGGAGGCAGCCCCUGUCCUGGAUGGUGAUUCUGGGUCUAGCCGUGGGCUUCAGCCUGGUACAGGACGUCAUUGCCAUUGAAUAUGUCGUCCUCACCAUGAACAGGACCAAUGUCGACAUCUUUUCUGAGCUUUCUGUUGCUCGUCGAAAUGAAGACUUUAUCAUGUUGCUUAUCUACGUCCUUUUCUUGAUGGCGCUGACCUUCCUCACAUCCUUCUUCACCUUCUGUGGAUCCUUCAGUGGCUGGAAGAGACAUGGGGCCCACAUCUGCCUCACCAUGUUCUUCUCCAUUGUCAUCUGGGUGGCAUGGAUUACUUUGCUCUUGAUUCCUACCCCUGGUCCCGAAUGGGAUGACACCAUCUUGAGCACAGCCUUGGUUGCCAAUGGCUGGGUUUUCCUCUUGGCUUAUGUGGCCCCUGAGUUUUACCUGCUUACAAAGCAACGGAACCCCAUGGAUUACCCAGUGGAAGAUGCUUUUUGUCAACCUCAGCUCAUGAAGCAGAGCUAUGGUAUGGAGAACAGAGCCUAUUCUCAAGAGGAAAUCACUCAAGGUUUUCAAGAGGGAGGGGAUACCUGCUAUGCCCCUUAUUCCACCCACUUGCAGCUUCAGAAUCGGACUCCCCAAAAGGAUUUCUCCAUCCCCCGGGCCCAGGCUCGAACCAGCCCUUACAAUGACUACGAAGGAAGGAAAGAGGGCAGUUAG